UCCGCGUGGCGCCACCAUCGCCAACAUAACAUUGUCAAAUUUGAGGUUAAGUCCGACGACUUGAAUAAACCAAAACAAACUUUUUACGUUAUCACGACUCGAAUAACAACAAGCCGCCACCAUGAUGAGCAGCGGCAGCAGCGAGGAAGAAAACGAGCCCCGACAGUCCCUCCACCGUGUCGCCAAGAAGUCCACCACCAACUCCAAGCCGUACCCAAUUCGGCGCAUGCAAGGCACCCAACACCAGAAAACCCUAACUGUAGCCAACCGGUUCCUUGAAAAUUUCAACCCAGAAACGAGUGUCCGGGAAAAGCGGAAACUCAAUCGCAAGAUUAACCCCCCCAGCAAUAUACGUCGCCCCCCGGGAGCUCUGUACGACGAAAACGGGAUUCAUAUUGCGUCGUGUACGGACUUGUGUGACUGUCUAAUGGAGGACUGUGUGGGCUGCUUUUUUCCGUGCCCCAAGUGUGGCUCGCAGAAGUGUGGGAUUGAUUGUCGCGUGCACAGGAAAUUCAUGUAUGAUCAGAUUGAGUAUCACGGGUAUGAUAUUAUCGUGAAGAAUCCCUUGUUUAAAAAUUGAGGGGUUUUAAAAAUGGGGAUUUUGUGAUUGAUUUAUGGGAGAGGGUGACGAGAUUGCGUACUGCAAUUAAUGAAUAAAGAAUGGUUGAAAAGGGA